AUGGGGGUCGAAUACCAGUCGGCCGUUUGUAAUUACUUUGCGCAUCUCACUCAAAACAAACCGACUUUGAUCCAAGAUCAUCCAGUAUUCGCGGCUGGCCGUGACGCCGGAAUGUCACAAAAAAACUUUAGGUUUGAAUACGGAGACUCUCAGCAUGCGGGCCGGGGUUGGAAUAGGCGGGGCUUCUGGAUCGUAUUGCAGAUUAUCAACAUGACCGAGCGGAACAACUCGGGCAAAGUAAAUCGGUACUUUAACGUCGCAGUGAAAGCACCUAUGUUUGUAUCUCAGUUGAGGAUCUGGGUUCCGAACUGA